UAUUAUAAAUGGAUAAAUGAAGUUUUCAUUUUACUGUUAUAUAUGUUGGCAGCCUGGAAAAAUUAUUCCAGCAAAUUUCGCUGUUUAACCAAAUUUAAUGGACCUUACAACGAAAAUGAGUGAACUUGUGUGGGGAAUAAAAAAUGGUGAUUUGGAGCAAGUGCGAGAUAUCGUUGAAAACAAGAAUAUUGAUGUUAAUCAAAUGAUUGAUGGAAGGACACCCCUACAUUAUGCAGCUGAUUAUGGUCAAAGUGAAGUAGUCAGAUAUCUUUUGGAAAAGGGUGCAAAUGCAAAUGCUACAGACAAGCAUGGAAUAACAACAUUAUUAGCAGCAAUUUGGGAAGGACAUACAAAUUGUGUAAAAUUACUAUUAGAAAAGGGAGCUAAACCAGAUGGAUUAACACCAGAUGGAACUAGUUAUUUGGAUGCUGCUGAAAAAGAUGAGAUUAAACAAUUGCUUAAAUUUCACUAGCACAAAGCCAAACAAAUCGUAAAGCAAUAAUUUUGUUAUUUUAGUAUUUUAAUGUUCCUCAUAGGAGUAUCACUAUUGCUUUCUCUUAAUUUUUUGCAUAUGACUAGACUAUCAUAUUUAUGCACUUUAAAUUAAAAACAAAAAAUAUAGGUACACAAAUGUAGUUUUAUAAUAAUAUAUUGCACUUGGAGCGUAUAAUCAUAAACUCAUAUUCUUAUAUGAUUACUCUUAGAGAUUUAAAGUAUAUAUAGUUUCAGCUUUAAAAUAGUAUAUUAUACAGGUUGUUUUAUAAACUAACAAUAGAAACAAAUUUAUUUUUAAAGCAUGUAACAUUAUAUAGCAAAAAAUAUUUUGAUACAUUUGUAAGAAGCAGCAUCGUGUUUUAAAUAUUUGUUAUUAAUUUACAAAUCAAAUUUUUUUAUACAUUUUUUUACAACUACUUAUUAAAACAACUUUUUGUGAAAAAAAGUUGUAUGUAUUAAAAUGAAUGCUCGAGAUGAAAAAUAUACUACAUAAUUUAAUUGUGUUUCAAGAAAGACAUGUAUAAAUUAUAAAAAAAAAUUGAAGAGCUAUCUUUAUGAUAUUAAUUACAUGUCUUAAGAAGUUUUAAAAGUGUAUAAUAAUCAAAAAUAAUAAGCCAAUGCAUCAUUGUUAUGUA